CUCAAUCGGAAUCGCUAUUCUUAUUUAUUUCACUUUUAUAUUUCUCAUUGUUUGCUUUAAAACGAAACAUUCGCACCCAAGACAGCAAGCAGGAGGAAACCGCGUCGACAUUUGAUAUAAACCAGUUUAAAUUCCAAAAAAUGGCGCCAGGCGGAUCUGUACCUAGCCGCGCUCGCCGCGGCGGAGGUCCUUUCAGAGCAAAGCUCGCGCGGAAAACGAUUCCACACAGCCAGUCGUCCACCAACACACCAGAAAAGCGCUCAACCAGACGCCCCACCCGAGGCGGCAAAACAACACCUCGGCUCUCCACGGCUGCGCGAAGCACUGCAGUGGCCUCGCCCAGCCGGCAAAAACGCAAGGUGCCCAGUGGCAUCAACGCGCUUCGGGAGAUCCGCAUGUUCCAGAAGACAACCAACCUGCUUAUUUCCAAGCUGCCGUUUGCGCGUGUCGUGAGGGAGAUUGCGCAGGAUUUUGUGAGCGACUAUACGCAUAGCGAGACGCCCGCUGGGUUGCGCUGGCAGUCGUCGGCGAUUUUGGCGCUGCAGGAGGCGUCGGAAGCCUUUUUGGUCCAUUUGUUCGAGGAUGCUAACUUGUGCGCGCUGCACGCGAAGCGGGUUACUAUUAUGCAGAGGGAUAUCCAGCUGGCGCGCCGUAUAAGAGGUCAGUGGGGCGGGCUGGGCUAAAUCUUGCCUUUGUUCCUGUACGCAGGUCCCAAGCUCAAACACAUUUUCCAUUUCCUUUUUAUAAUUACGCUAAAUUUUUUUACUUGUUGUUACAUACAAAACUAUUAUGCUGGGGGGAGCUUUUCAGUUUCA